UCAUUCCAAUUCACCUUCACAUCCCAACAUAUAAACACUAUGACAAUUCUGCCUCCAUUUUUCCUUCUCAUCCUCACCUUCUCUUCUUAUACCUCCCUCGGCGCCCCCACCCUCAACGCCACUGACUUCAUUCGCACCAAUUGCCAGAUCACACUAUAUCCUCAACUCUGCUACCACUCUCUAGCCGGCUACGCCAAUGCAAUACAACAAGACCCCGCCCGCCUCGCCCGCGUAGCCGUCGCCCUCAGCCUCUCCCGCGCCAAGUCCAUGACUCUUUACGUUGCCAACCUCUCCCGCCAAGCUGACUACGCGGCUGACCCCCGCGCCGCCUCCGCCCUGCACGACUGCUUCUCCCUCUUGGGUGAUGCCGUGGACCAGAUAAGAGGAUCGGUCAAGCAGAUGCGCCGGUUGACGUCAGGCUCCGGGGAGGAGCUGAGAUUCCAGUUGAGCAAUGUGCAGACAUGGAUGAGCGCCGCCCUGACGAAUGAGGACACGUGUGUAGACGGAUUCGAGGAUGUGGAGGAUGGGGCAUUGAUGUCGGACGUGUGCGACCGAACGUUGAAGGUGAAGGAGGUGACAAGCAAUGCGCUGGCGCUGGUGAAUAGCUUUGUUGCUAAGGUUAUGGUCCCAUGAUCAGACAAAUUAAUUUACUACAUAAGCUUUCAUUUAAUUAUGUGAAAAGUUUUAAUUAUUAUAUAUAUUAUAGUAGGUUAAUUUGAUCGUCGAGUUUUGCUGUAAAAAUAAUUAAGGGUAUUUGUAAUUACUGAAAUGAGAAAUUGAAUUGAUGAGCAGAGAAAUGAAUGAUCGAUGUAUGUACGUUCUAGUGAUA